ACUGCCUCUUGAAGACUUGAAGUCUUUAUAUUGGCGCGAAGAAGCCAUAAACCAAUCUUCUCAUUUUCCACAACUUCGCCAAACUAAAGAGCCCUAAGUUCAACCAUUAACGGGGUUUCCUAUUCCGAUAUCUUGGAAACACAGAAAGCCUAGCUUUAGUCUUAUCUUGUAUAUACGGUUUACUCUAAUAAGGAAUUUAUUCAUUCUCAACGAACUAUUACUUACAGAGAUCGAUCGAAAGGGAGUUUUAUUUUGGCAAAUAUGGCAUUUUGGGGAGUUGAAAUUAAAGCUGGAAAACCAUUUACUCUAUCACCUGAUAAAUCUUGUGGAAGACUCAGAAUUACUCAGGCUACACUUGGGGUUGGUUCUUCUGACAUUAGGAGCGUGGUUCAAUGCAAUGUGGGAAAGAAGACUCCUAUUUUGUUGUGUUGUUUAUUGCCCGAUAAAUCAGAGUCAUGCCAAUUGGAUUUGGAGUUUGAAGAGACUGAAGGAGUUACUUUCUCUGUUAUUGGUCCUCGUAAAGUUUACCUUACUGGUUACUUCCUAGGCAAUGCUCGACGGAAUUUUGUUGGAGAUGACGAAUCUGAAUCAUUUGGCGAAGAUAUUGGAGUCACAGAUACAGACAUGUCAGAUGCUUUAAGUAAUGAUGAUGACUAUGAGGAUAGCUUCAUUGACGACACUGAGCCUCAAGUAUUUUCUCCAUCUUCUUCUAGCGAUGAAGUAACAAACAAGAAGAAAGCUGAUAGCAGAAAAAGAAGCCGCAAACGCCUAAAAAAGAAGUAUGCUUUGAGCGAAUCUGAAGAUGGUGCGGUAUGUCAACCCAAUACCACUAGUGAUAAGGUUGAUGAUAAAAUAGCUGAAAACGAGCAGGAAGAUCAAAAGCCUAUAUCCUCAUUGUUUAAGGAUACAAUGAGCAAUGAAGAUUUAAAAAGGAAGAGGCACGAUGUUUCUGGAGAUACAACUGCUGAUGGUCCAUCUCAAGACAAAAAGGCUAAGAAAAAGAAGAAAAAGAAUAACAAAAAUAAUGAAGUGUUAAUUGAACCUAUAAACCCUUCUAGCAUGUCAAAAAUUGAGACUGAUUCCUUGACAGAGACAAAUGGAAGGACGCUUUCUAGCGGCUUGAUUGUUGAGGAGCUUGAAGCCGGUGAGAUAGAUGGAAAAGUAGCCUCUUCGGGUAAGAAGGUCACUAUCCAUUAUACUGGUAGAUUGAAAGACGGAGGCCAGAUUUUUGACUCUUCAAAUGGAAAAGAUCCUCUCAAAUUUCGUCUAGGUAAAGGUCGUGUCAUGGACGGACUUGAUCUUGGAAUCAUAGGUAUGCGAGUUGGUGGAAAGAGAAGGCUCCAAAUACCGCCUGAACUAGGAUUUGGAAGCGAGGGCUCUAGUCGUGUUUCCCCAAACUCAUGGCUGAUUAUGGAAGUUGAGCUGCUUCGAGUACAUUGAUAAUUAGGUUGUUGUUAACCUCUUUCGUGUUGGCCGGUAAUCAAGUACUAAGAUAUGUUGAAUAGUGAGAUAUGAAUGGUGCAAUUUUGUUUACAUCAUAUUAGACUGGUGGAUAGAGGAUGCAUAAGAAUCAGUUUUUGUGGCUAUUUAUUCUGUACAUGUUGUAACUCGUACUCCCAGGAGUAAUCCUUCCGCGAGGAACAAAUUAGCUUCUAUAUCAAUUUUGUUUUUGGUUGGCGCAAUUGUGAGAAGAAUUUACAUCUACAUGGAGUAAACAAGAUAAUUUUAUCAACAUUGUUUUCUGAUAUGCAAACUUGAUUUGUUUUCUGCUCUUUUACAA